AUGAUGUGCUGCGGUUACUUGACUCCGGUCGUUGUCGCGAUUAUGAUCAUGGCGCUCGCGCUUGCAAGUGAUGCCUACAGCAUCCGCUUGAUUUCCCUGCACCGGCACGAUACCUGGCGCAUCAUCGUGUGCUUAGUCGUGUUCAUCUCGACAACCGUCAUGGGCCUUCUCAUACUAUGGUCUUACUACGCCGUCAUCUUCGGCUCUCCUGGCUUUGUCCCACGUGAUCCGUGGGCGCAUCCGCCCUUGUACGCCGCUCCUUCACUCCGACUACACGGCGGAGUCGAACAGGCCUUUGCUCUGCAGUUUUCUCACCACCCCCCGCAUCAGCAGCUGCACCCGCCAGGGCUGCAUCAGCCUCAGGCGGACUCGCCCGACUCACUGGCGAUGCGACCUUCUAGCCUGCCGGGCGUCGGCCGACAACAAGUAGCCAACAGCGUGCUUGCACCUGCUCCUUUCGACAACACGGACGGCGCCAGCCCACUGUGCGCCGGUCACCCACAGUCCCUGUCAGUCAUCGCUUCUGCUGCCGAGGUCGACAAGGGUGCAUGCACUGCGUUGCUCACUGCCGGCAAUACCGGUGCUCCUCGCGGUGGAGACGGCAGCGAUGCGAUCAUUGUUCGCGUUGAUGAGGCGUCGCCGACACGCUUUCAGCACGCCAGUCCGCCUGGUUACUUUUGUGCCCCACUCGCACGAUCACCAGAGCAGCAGCAGCACCGCAACCCGCCCACGUGUCUGAACCCGUACACGGUUGCAACGCUGGACCGUAGCGGGCGCCUGCGCUUCUGCUACGUAUGUCAGCUUUACAAGCCAGACGGCGCCCACCACUGCGGUGUCUGCGGCCGGUGUGUGUAUAACUUCGAUCAUCACUGCCCCUUCGUGAACAACUGCGUUGGCCGCAACAACUACAAGCUGUUUAUGGUCUUCUUGCUCUACGGCAGCGUCGGCGCGACUCUGGGGGGAUGCCUCAUGCUCGUUACGAUCUUCGCCGUCGACAACGACGCAAUCACGGAUAAGCUGGUAUGGGUAGCGGUGCCCGCGUUGGAUUUGAUUUUCGGUGCCGCACUGUUGAUAUUCUACAGCCAGCACUGCCUUCUUCUGCGCAACGGGCAGAGCACGUUGGAGAGUCUCAUCGAAGCUGAAAAAGAUCCCUGUUCCGGGAGUUGCUGCGCCUGCAAGCGACCUCGGCUCACCCCGGAGCAGAAGGAAGAGGAAGCGCGGCAGCGCAGGGAAAAGAUCGAGCGGCAUCAACGCACGCUGAUGGGCAAGGAGUCGCCAUGCUGGCGGAGAUAUGCCCCGCUGCCGGUGCGCACAGACGACACCGCAGAUGAUACCCUGCCGGGGACGGCCUGA